GGCAAGGAGACGUACCUACUACGGUAUCAGCAUUUCCGCAGUCAUGAUCACCAGAUGCGCGGGCGAGGUUGCGGGGGCAGACGAAGCAAAGGAUCCGAGGCUGGCCUUUAAAUCUCGUCCGGUCUUCUCCAAACCAGGUUGAAAUGUGUUCUUUCCUCCAAGCCAAGCAGGAGACUGCUCUGACUGCCGGGAGAUAGCAACUUUGAUUGCUCAAUCAGGCCUGCAACAUGCUCAUUUGAGAAUGGUGGCACAUCUUAUUCACACAUUGGGAAGGAGAAAGCAUUGGCUGUUGGGGAAAGGGAUUGAUCAAAGCCGCAGAUUGGAGGAUAGGAGAAACAUCGCAGUUUCCCCUUCGUCCAAAGUUGUUGAUCCUUGGAUGCUGAGAGAGGGAGUUUAGGAAAGGUAGCAUGGCGUCCACUCUGGUCCUCCCGGCUCAGCAGGUCGGAGGGUUUGCAGCCGUGCAGGCGACUAGCAUGGCGGGGAAGCGGGGUCGCUGCAACGUCCACAAUACGUACCGGCCACCAUCGGUUGAGAGCAAGGACCCUUUACUAAGGGUUUCUUGGAAGGCCCAGCAUCCGGCAACAAGCGCAGGGCGAGCCAGGGCCUCCAUUCUGUCUUCUCGAAGCCUCAGAACUUCGUCGUUCACAGUCAGGGCAAAUGCUGACGACACAGACAUGUCCCCCCGUCACCUAGACAGGCGGCAAAAGAAGGGAGGCAAGGAAUGGUUUGAGGGGCAGCAGUCAGUCCACGAUAGGGCCCAGGGUCUCAUCCGUGGCAAGAACUGGAUUCUAAGGCGGGGAUCUAAGAACAAGGCGGUCAAAAGUGGGGAGGCUGUAACUGACCAAUCCAACAAACCAGAACUGGGGCAGAGAGUUGGUGGGAAACAGGACCGGAGAGAAGGGCGGGAUGGGGGAGCAAACUUGGCAGAGUAUCCAUGGACGGGCCCAGCAGAAAAGACGCUUUUGGACAUGGCAAGGACUGGGGGUCAAUGGGAGCCUCUCCAGAUUGAGACUGCUAGCCCUGAACCGAGUCUCAUAGAUGCUAAGGAGGAAGCAGUGAUUGGUGCGACGGUCCCAGAGGUCAAGCCGGCGGAGACUGCAAAGGAGGCUGGCGAUGGCCGGAAUUGGAAGAUAUUGAUUGGGCUUUUCUUUGCGUUCUGCCUGAUGACGUCAGCAGAUAAGGCGGCCAUGUCGGUGGCGCCGAUGACAAUGGCCAAGCAAUUUGGGUGGUUGGAGUCAGACAAAGGCCUGAUUGGAAGCUCCUUCUUCUUCGGGUUCAUGUUCUCUCAGAUUCCUAGCAGCAUUGUUUGCAAGCGGAUCGGCCGGCGGAAAAUAAUGACGUGGGUCGCGCUGUGGAUCGGCGUGUGCCAGCUCCUCACCCCUAUUGCGGCCUCCACUUCCCUGACAGGACUGCUGGCCGUGCGCGCUGCUCUUGGUUUUGGCGAGGGCGUUGUGGUGCCCAUUCUCACCAGCAUGCUGGCCGACUACGUUCCCCCCGAGAAACGGUCCAGCUCCUUAGCAAUGGUCUUCUCUGGCGGCCCCCUCGGCACCGUUCUCUCACUCUUCCUCUGUCCGGGCAUCAUCAACACCGCCGGCUGGCAACCCCUCUUCUACGCAAUCGGCGCCGUCUCCCUCGCCUGGGGGGCUGCCUGGUCUUUUGCCGCCCCCCACUUCGAACCCCUCCCCGCCGCCAAGCCCCGCUGGAACCCCUUCCGAAAAGCCCCCAAAGCCAACGUCGCCCCGCAGACGGCGACGCCUUCGGUUCUGCCCGCCAUUUCUGACGCCACUUUCAAGCUGUACAAAGACAGCCCGCUCCUGCUCGAGACCGGUGUCAAGCUCGCGACGCUCGCGGCGCUCGGGCCCGACGGGAAGCGCAUCCCCGCGGCAGCGACCGCAGUCGCGGGGGCCUCCCGGAAAAGCAUCCUUAACGGGGCUGUGGUUGCGAGCUCCGACGAGGAGCUCGUCUUCUCCCCGGACGACCCCUACUGGAAGCUCUCGCCCGACGCGCGCCGCAAGCUGCGCCAGCGGCGCAUGGCCAUCCGCGGGCGCUUCAGCCAGAACGCGCCCUCCGUUUCCGUUGGUUCCGUCCAGCAGAACGAAACCGCGCCCUCCGUCUCCUCCCCUCGCAAACAGAACGGCAUCGUCCUCCCCGCCCCGCACUCAGCGCAGCAGUCCCUUUCUGGCAGCGGCCACGUAGCCACCCCCCCGGGGGUCCUUUCUCCGAUCCCCGCGGAAGCGACCAUUCCCGCGGCGCGGCGUCGCGUCGGCGUUCCGCACCUCCGCCCCCUCCGGAGCACCGGAACGAUCUGCAGCAGCGCGGCCGUGGCCGAGGCGCGGGUCGCCAAUGACGCGGCGCCAGCUGGCGCCGCGCCGGCCGCACCACCGGCGGGCGGCAUCCCGUGGCGGCGGUUCUUUGCAAGCCGCGCGUUCUGGGCGAUCGCGGGCGCGCACUUUUGCAGCAACUGGGGGUGGAACGCGUUCAUGGCGUGGCUGCCGACCUAUUUCACGCAGAAGCUGGGGCUCGAUCUUGCGGCGAGCAGCACCAUUACGCUGAUCCCCUGGACCAUGGCGUUCCUGGCGGGGAACACGUCGGGCAUGCUCGCGGACUGGAUGAGCGGCCUGGGCAUCCACAAGACCAAGGUCCGGAAGAUCAUCCAGUGCGUCGCUUUCCUCGGCCCCGCUGCGGGCCUGGCGCUCCUGACACGUGUCUCCUCUGCCACCGAGGCGGUGGCCGUCUUCUGCGGAGUGCUGGCGCUGGGCUCGUUCUCGGCCGGGGGCUUCUGCUCCAACCACUCGGACAUCUCCCCGAAGCACUCGGGGACGCUGUACGCGCUGACCAAUACCUUUGGCUGCCUGGGAGGCUCUGCAUCCGUGGCUUUGACCGGCGUCCUGCUCGACAAGACCGGGAACUGGAAUAUUGUGUGGCUUGGGGCCGCACUCAUGUACGUUAUUGGCACGCUGUGGUACGUUGCCUUGGGCAGCACCGAGAAAGAGUUCGAUUAGGGCCCUAGCGACGCGGACCUCGUGUUUCCCUCGGGGGGUGAUGAGAGAGGCGCCGCGGGCCAGAUUUUAGGACUGAAAAUGGGACCCCCAUGUACAUGACUGAGCAUUUUACAAAGCUGGGGGGGGGAGCGGUAAACAUAGGACGGUAGGGUGUUUGAUACGAUGAGAGGAGAUCAGGCGGGAGUUUACAUAAGCUAUCCCGUUGGGGGCCCUACGGAUCAUGGUGGCAGUACGGAGCUACUGACAGUGUGCAUAAAGAGUAUCGACCAUUGUAGGACGACUUAGAGAACAUUGAUCCGCCUUACUUAGUGCUUGACGUGUUUUUGUUUGGACCCUGAUCACAUAGAAAGAGUGGAUAAGAUCAACUUUGUGCCUUAAAGCUUUGCAUAGUGAGCCCGGUGUGGACUUUAUAGCAGUCGCAACCAAGCACGCAAAUACGAAUAAUUGCAGAAGAACAUUCUUUUCCGCCAUCAUAGUUUCAAACUUACGAAGUGGCCGGCAUACAAUCGUUAGUCUGACAUCAUUGCGUUCCGCAAUGCAUGUUCGAGUUAGGUAGUGAGAAGGCGGUUAGUUUGCUAAACUGGUCGCAGUUGACCAGUUGGCGGAUGAGAGCGCAAGCUUGUGAGAUAGACAGGACCCUUAAGAAGCUGAAGCAGAAGUGAGCCACCAUGCCUG